AUGGCAAGAACUGAGAACGAUGGACUUGAUGUGCAGAGAGCAGCUUACAAAGAAAACAAGAAAAAGGACUGCACGACACUGUUUUACAUUCAACAAAAUGUUGAUAAUCAACAUUUUGAGAAUAUUUCAAAAGCAACAAGAUCCAAGGAAGCAUGGGAUAUACUGGAGAAUUAUCAUAAUGGGAGAGAAAAAGUGAAAGAAGUCAAGCUACAGUCAUAUAGAAGGAAGUAUAAAAUGAUGCAGAUGGAAGAAGACCAGAAGCAAAUCCAAGAAGCAAAGGAUGUGAAGACUAUGAAGAUUGAAGAAUUGCAAAGUUCCCUUGAAGCACAUGAACUAUUGGUGAUUGAUAGAGGUCCAAAAAGAUUAGUUCAACAAGCCCUUCAAGCUCAAACAAUCAAGAAAGAGGGAAAUUAUAAGAAUUUCAAGAAAGGGAAGGGUAAAACAAACUGGUCAAAUAAUGUAAAAUCCAAAGCUGAGAACAAAUCUGAAUCUUCUAAAAGAGGAAGUUUUGGUAAAAAUCAGAACAAGAAGAAGGAUUUCGACAAGAGUAAGGUUCAGUGCUAUAAUAAUUGUGACAAGUUUGGACAAUUUGCUGAUGAGUGUUGGUUCAAGAAAGAUCAAAAGACUGAGGAAGCCAAUAUUGCUCAUGUGUAG